AUCAGGAGCAGAGAAGGAACAGAGAGCAAGAAGCGGGCACAGAGCGGGCACAGAGCGGGCACAGAGCAGAGGAGAAUGGAUGACCAAGAACUCAUGGACCUUUUCUGGAACCAGAAGAGAUUUGUGGUGGCACAUUGGGACCCAGGGGUUGGCGUGUGUGCCACAUCUUCACCGGUCCUGUUUGGUGACAGGGACAGACGUGUCAGCUCUAACCUGCUGAUCUGCCCAGAUGUGGAGGUCCUGUGCCAGACACCAGAGAGGGCACAGAACGCCGAAAACCAGAUCAUAGAAUCCAACAACAGAGGAUUCUUCUUGAGGUUCGGAGCCGGGUCCUCGGCCCAGCGCCAUCUGCUGGUAGGAAGCGCAGUCCUGAUCGUGGCACUGCUGGCUGUAAGCAUGGUACUGCUGUCCCUCUAUCUACAGGACAACGUCCAUCUAGACACUGUCUAUAAAGAAAGGGAUAGUCUGUGCCUGAACCGAAGCCGCAGCAUGGCGGAUAUAGAAAACCUGCGAGAAAACACCCUGGUCCUGGCCAGGAACCUGUCAUCAGUGAUGGACACCGUCUCCUCCACAAGGGAACAAACCUUGUCCGGGCUGAUCCAGAACCAGACAGAAAUCCUGCAGGAGAUGGAAAUACAAGGGCGGCUCUACCAGAUGGAGCUUCAGCAAUACAUGGACCUCCAAGGGAGGAUGCAGAAAAUCAGCAGAAGUUACCUGUCCAUCCCCCAGGAGAGUCCUCUGCUGCAGAACUGCCAAGGCACCGUUUGCCCGUUUUGCUCAGCGGGGUGGCAUUUCUUUCAGAUGUCCUGUUACCUACUUUCGUCACAGACAAGGAAUUGGCAGGAGAGCUUACACUGGUGCCGUAAGCAGGGGGCGCACCUGGUGGUGAUUGGCAGCCAGGCGGAGCAGGAAUUCCUGCAGAAGGUGGUGAAGAUGUCGUCCUGGAUCGGCCUAUCUGACCGGGAUAUGGAGGGAAAGUGGCAAUGGGUGGAUGGAACUCCCUAUAACGCAACUCCAAAGUUCUGGUUUCAGAAGCAGCCCGAUAACUUAGGAAAUGAAGAUUGUGCGGUUCUUUUCCGGGGAUCAAUGUGGACCGAUGAAAAAUGCCGCAAACUAUACAGUAGCGUCUGCCAGUACAGUGCCGGGGAACUCCGACUCCCUGUGGAUGGGCUUCAUGAUGUACUACUAGGCCCCUGACUGAGGGUCAUGGUGUCACCUACCAACAACAUACAAGACAACUGACUGUCGGCCAUUAUCUAUGGCACGGCUCGAUUGUUGGCAGAUGUCACCGAAAUUAUCAACAAUAGGAGACCUGUCCGCAAAUCUGGUGCCAAGCUAAUAAAUGUAUUUUCUUCU